CCGCUCGCCCUCCUCCCACCGACCGCGCGGCGUGCCCCACUUUGGCUCUGCAGGGCACCGCUUGCGAUGCCAAUGUCCUGCGCCGACCAGGGUCAUUAAUGGAGCUGCGCGCCGCCACGCCUUCUUGCGGCCGCCACAAGACUGCCUCCUCUUGCAGUCGCACUAGUUGCUUUGCUACAGGUUAGCGUUGUCCCGACGUUCGCCUACACCCAUGCGAAUUACCAUAUCUUUCCUAGGCCUGCUGCUGGCGUCCUCGCGCGCCGGGCUCGGCGACUGCUCGUCCUUCCGGGCGGCGCAGCCGUGGCACCCGCACCUCGCCCGGGUGCAGGCGGCGGGCGGCGCCGCGGACCUGAGCAGGAGGGCGCCUGAGGCCCCGGAGGGCGUGCCGUCCCUGCUCCAGCUGGGCUCGGGCGGGCCAGGGUGCGACUGCGAGGGCCAGCAGCGGGCCGCGGCGCCCCUGGGCCAGCAGGGCUUCCUCCAGCCCGGGCCCGGGUUCCCCGCCGUGCCGGACUACGCCCAGGCGGAUCGCGCGGGGCCAGCAGCCAUGUCGGGCGACGGGACUGGAGCGCCGCGGCGCAGGGUGUACUGGGUCUGCCAGUGCAAGGAGUGGAACUGGUGCGACAGGCGGGCGACCUGCAAGUCGUGCGGGAAGGAGGCGCCAGCGUGGGCGAAGCGCCUGCGCGCGGCGCACCUGCCCCAGGCCGACGGGGAGGGCUUCGUCCAGCAGCCCAGAGGGCGCUCGCACCAGCGUGCUGCGCGCCGAGCUGGUGACGCCUCCAGAACAGCCUCGGCAGCCAGCACCGUGCCGAGCAGCGCGCCCAACAGCAGGGGGCGGCCGCGGGGCGGUGCCAAGCCGCCGCCAUGGCGUGAGGAGCGCGGGGAGCAGCCAGAGGAGCCUGCGUCGAGUCUGGAGCGCAGGCUCGAGGAAGCCCAGGCUCGCAUCUCCAGCCUCCGCGAGGCGGUCGCCAUGGAGGAGACCAGCGAGGCCUUCCAGCGAGAGGCCAGGGCGGCCCUCCUCGCGGCGGAGGCCUCGGCCGAGAGGGCAGAGGCCGAGCUCCGCGAGGCCCAGCGGCUCGGGAGGCCCCCCCACGCCGUCCUCCACGGCGGCGCCAACGCCAUGCAGAAGGUCGAGAAGCAGAUCGCUGCAACCAGAGCCAAGCGCGAGCAGGCCGUGCAGCGGGCUGGCUCCCUCAGAGGGAGGAUUGCGGCGAUACAGGAAGAGCUGGCCGAGACAGAGUCCGCGGUCGAGGACUUUGACAGCCUGCUCGUCAAGCUCGAGGAGUCGAAGGCUCAGACAGUCCAGCAGGCGCUCCAGCGGGCCAUCGAGGUGUGCGGAGGCCAGCAGCCCCUCGAGACCGCGGUCGGGGGCCUCGUCACCCAGGUCAGCCAGCUGGGGGAGAUGCUCGGCCGCAACGCGGACGGCGUCGCGCCCAGGCUCCUGGAAAUCAUGGGCAUCAUUGCCACGCAGAGCGCUGCCAUCUCGGACAUGCUCCACCCCGCUGCGCCUGCUGCCGCAGCCUCGCGUUGGGCCGACGGCCUUGGCGGGGACGGGCUCGCCGUCGACGACGAGGAAGGCCCCCCCGCCCCAGCCGCUGGAGCCUCCGCCCCCGCAGUGCAGCGGCCGCCAGCGGAGGCCGCAGGGCAGCAGGUGCGGCCAGGCCCGCCCACCCAGCGGGCGAGCCCAGCAGUGGGGCCCUACGGGCCGGCCGCCGCCCGCGGGCAGUCAGGCGCUGCGCUCGGCGCUUGGCCCCAGCCUGGCAAGGCCGAGCGCAGGAUCCUUGAGGAUGCCAGGGACGAGCACGAGGAUGACCAGGCCCUGGCUACCCUGGCAGCUGCUGGGGGCUACGCUCCUAUGGCCGCCGCCGGGUUCACGCCAUCCGCCCUUGAGGCGAGAGUGGGCAGGGCUGUGCCAGCCUGUGAGAAGGCUGCUGGGCUGCUCCGUGCAGGCCUCGACGUGCUGGGCAUCUACGGCAACACAUGUGACCGUGCCUUGGAGGUGCUCGAGGCCCACAUCGCGCGGGAGGACGCGCACCUGAUCGCCGAGGACCUGAUCCACAAGGCUGGGCCUACGACCAGUUUGACAUGGGGGCGGACGGUUACUGGUGAAGCCGACGGAGAGUUGCGCGGUGGGCGAGUCACCGCGCGCCCCUGCGACUUCCCCGUGGAUGCGGCUGUCCUCACCCUGUGCAGUAUCGGCUGGUACUUCAGGUCCGAGCGCUGCCUCAUCACGGACGAGUGGGACAUGACGCUGAUGGGGCUGCUUGAGCUUGGCACGGAGGCCAGCCUUGGGGCGAGGCGCGCCUCGGUUCGGCAUGAGAUGCGGAAGCUGGCCAGUGCCCCGUCUUUGUGUGGCUCCUCCUUCUGGGAUGUCUGCAUGGAGCUCGUCGGGCCAGGAGGCGAGCUCGGCGAGCGCCAGAGGAGCGGGCUGGUCUCCCACCUCACGAACGCGCACUGGCCGCAGGCGAGCCUCCACAUUAUGUUCGAGUGCCCCAUGCUUGCGGCCCAGCGGAGGGACUCGGUCUCGCCAGCGCUGAAGUGGAGCGCUGUGCGGGGUCGCCCCCUCGGAGGGGCUGCAAGGGAGGACUUUGCUCGGCGCUGGCUGCCAGCGCCGCCGCCUCCACGAGGGCCUCGCACGGACGCCAUGAGUUGCUGGAGGACAUGCAGGCCGCCUGAUGUCAAGCCCAAUGGCAAGUUGUGCGAGGACGGCUCGGCGGUCGGCCUGCAGUUCUACGCCUGGGGACACGCUGGCUGGGCGAUUGCUCAAUGCGACGACGACGGCAGCCUCGUCGCGGGCGUCUACGUGACCGUCAGGAGGGCCCUCCAGCCACAGCAGGCUGCCCGAGGCGGUGAGGGCUUCGCGGUCUGGAAGGUUGAGGUCCACGCGGGCCCUGCAGUUGAGGAGGUCCUCAUCGGCUGCCACGGCACGGCGGAGAGCCACCACAGGGAGCUGGCAUAUGCGACGGGCCCGACCAAGGCCAACGCCCACCCUUGGAGGAGCCCCGCCGCCCUCGGACCUGGUGGCGCCAGGGCGAACAAGGUGGCCGCCCACGGCAACAUGCAGGCGGUGCCCGACGGGCUACGCACGGAGGCGCAGUGGCGCGGCACCCUGCACGCCAGCUGCUCCGACGUGCUGGGAGCACGGCUGCACGCCGAGGCGGCCAUCGUCUGGCGGGACAUCGCGGAGAAGGACAGUGACUGCUUCCUCGUGUCUGACGAGAAGCAGUGGGUGAGGUUCGCCGACCUGGAGGAGCGGGCCGAGCAGGCCACUGCAUGCAGGCCGACGGAGCAGCAGCCGCGCGUGGAGAGCGUCCGCUCGGUGGCCAGCGCGGUCGGCCUCUCCUUCACCACGGCUGGCGCAUGCUGCCUCGGCCACUCCCUGGCGUACGCGCUCUGCGGCGGGGGCGAGGAGCCCCAGGAGCUGGUGGCAUGCAGCAGGUGCGGCGCCUACGCGGUCCUCGGCAGCCGCGCUGGAGGCCGCCCUGAGCUCAAGGCGGUGGCGGGCAUUGGCCCGCGGGUCGCCACGCUGGCCGCGUGCGGCCUGAUUGAGCAGUGCCUCGCCGAGCGGGCGCUGGCCGCCAGCUCCACCGCGGAGGACCGCCGCGACCGCCCGCGGCGGCCAGGGGCCGGCCUCUGCGAGGGCAGGGCCACCUCGCAGGGCCGCCGUGCCGAUCUCGCGCAGGGCACGCCCCAGUACGACCAGGCUGCUGCCAGCGCCUAUGCCUCGCAGCCUCCGCCGCCCUACGUGGGCGAAGGGCUGGGCCAGCAGGGGGAGCUGACGCAGGAGGAGGCCCUCGCGCAACGCCAAGAGGUGCUGCAGCUCCAGCAGCAGGUGGGCCUCAUGGAGCACCGCAUGGAGCAGAUGGAGGCUCGUGCCGCCCCCCGCUCGCAGGAGGCCCUCGAGCGCACCCUGCCGCCGCAGUCCGCGUUCCAGGCGAGGCUGCCCAUGCUGCGGCCGGCGAACGGCGAGGCUCGGCUCGCUCAGUUCGGCCAGCUGCAGCAGACGCUGGCGGCACAGGGCCAGCAGCUGGCGCCCUUCGCCGGGGCCCCGCAGGCGGCGGCGGUGCCCGCCGGCCUGCCGCUGGCGCAGAUGCAGCAGGUGCCCGUGGCGCUUGGGGCGCCAGCUCCGCCAUUCGGCACACCCAUGGUGAUGCAGCCCGCCUACGCGGCAGCGGUGGAGCAGCAGUGGCUGCAGCAGGCGGCCUACGAGCAGCAGAGGCAGGCGCUGCAGGUCCAGCAGCUGGCGGAGCAAGAGGCGCUGGCACAGGCGAUGCCGCAGGCGAUGCCACAGACAAUGCCUCAGACGAUGCCGCAGGCGAUGCCGCAGGCGCAGCUCCUGGAGCCCUGGGGUGGGCAGCAGGGGCAGCCGGAGGCCGUGCCGGCCACGGUGCCCUUCGUCCUGCGCUGA